AUGGCCUACGGGUACGAGAUCGGAAUUCUUCAAGGCAAAGUGGUGACGGUGAAACGACCACCAUCCAUUAUUCCCCUCAUCGCCACGCCUCCAUUCAACCUAGCAAUGGGCAAGAUAAAAGUCCCACUGAGCGGCAGGUUUGUCCGAGUAGAGCUGACAGAAUUGUCUGUGGUUAUCCUCUAUGAUGGGUCUCACGAAGUUAAGGUGGAGAUUCCAAGUAACUACCAGAACAAAAUGUGUGGACUUUGCGGUAACUACAACGAUAUGGAGAACGAUGACUUUCAAAUGCCGAAUGGGCACAUCGCCUCGAACUGGAACGACUUCGGGAAUAGCUGGGAGACUGACACCAAUGCGUAUGUUACUUGUCAUGGUGAUCCUCCGAUCGGCCCACCCCCAACAGAAGGACCGUGUGACCCGAACCAUUCAGACCCGUGUGACGUGCUUACAGAGUCACCCGGUCCGUUUACUACUUGCCAUAGCGCUGUUGAUCCUCAGACUUACUUGGAAACCUGCGUGUUCGACACGUGUGCAACCCGGGGCCAGGGGCUCUGCCACAACCUGGAGGCGUACUAUGACUCCUGUGCGGACGCUGGCGUGUCUCCCUUUACUUGGCGGACGGCAGACCUCUGUCCAAUGGGCUGCCCCGCGAACAGCACGUACUCAUCAUGCACAAGCGCCUGCCCUGCGACCUGCGUGAACCCCAGUGCCUCAGACAACUGUACCCUUCCCUGUGUAGAAGGCUGCGAGUGCAAUGAAGGCUACGUACAAAGUGGACAGGAAUGCGUGUCUCAAGCGGACUGCGGUUGCUCCGACGGCAAUGGAUUCUACCAUACGGUAAGCGUCAUUUAUUGUGAUGAAUCAAUCAUCACAGUGACUAUAAAUAUGCUAGCCAUCCAUUACAACAUAAACGUAGUGCACUGA